GUCAGCGGCCCGCGACCGCGCCGGGGUUAAGCCGCCUGCCGCGACCCUAAGAGUGGCCGCGGGCCGGGAACCGGGUAAGAGGACGUGAGCGGCGCAAGCCCGGGCUCUGAGAGGACAUGGCGGCUGCGAAGUAUGGCCUGGGCCGCAUCCUCCCCGGGUCAUCCAUCCUUUUCCUGUGCGACAUGCAGGAGAGUUUCCGCCACCGCAUCGUUUACUUCUCCCAGGUCAUCUCUGUGGCUGCCCGCAUGCUCAAGGUGGCCCGGCUGCUGGAGAUGCCAGCCGUGCUGACAGAGCAGUACCCACAAGGCCUGGGCCCCACGGUGCCUGAGCUGGGGGCCCAGGGCCUGCGGCCACUGGCCAAGACCUCCUUCAGCAUGGUGCCCGCGGUGCGGCACGAGCUGGAGGCACAGCCUCAGCUGCGCUCUGUGCUCCUUUGUGGACUCGAGACCCAGGCCUGCAUCUUGAACACGGCCCUGGACCUCCUGGACAUGGGGCUGCAAGUCCACGUGGUGGCGGACGCCUGCUCCUCCCGCAGCCAGGUGGACCGCCUGGUGGCACUAGCCCGGAUGCGACAGAGCGGCGCCUUCCUGUCCACCAGCGAAGGGCUCAUUCUGCAGCUUGUGGGUGAUUCCACACACCCCUGCUUCAAGGAGAUCCAAAAGAUCAUCAAGGAGCCCGUCCCUGACACCGGGCUGCUCGGCUUCUUCCAAGGCCAGAAUCUCCUCUACCCCUGAACUCCUACUCCUCAUUGAGGGGAGACCUCCGUCCCUCUUGGCUCUGAGGCCUCCGUGGAAGCGCUCCGCCCCCCAUCCGUGGAUCCCAAGAGUGGUGCAAUCCAACCGGGAGUACCGCCCCCUCAGGGAGGGGAGGCGGGGACUGCCUUGCCAUUGGGUGACAGUUCCCGGAAAUGCAAAUGUAACUCCUGGAAGCUGGAUGACCGUUGGUUGGGCUGGGCAGGAGGCGGGGCUCGGCCCCGGGCCACUUCACGCCGGUGGGAAGAGGGGGAGGGAGUGUCACAGGCUGUGUGGGACCCGGACUCGCGGAAUAAACAUUGAUGUA